AUGCUCGAUAAUAAUAAGAAUGCAUUAAUGAGUUGUAGUGCAUUUAAAGAGAGUGGUGUAUUGAAAGGAUGGGGAGAAAGGCUUUUAAUAUAUGAUUUGAAAUAAUAGAUACUCAGGUAUAUUGACGUCAAGGGUUAAACAUAAAAGUAGCUGUAAAUUCAAAAUUAUGUUAUCCAUCCUGUUGCAUUUCAUCAAGGAAAAUGGGCAAUAAAAUUAAAAACUCAAUAAGAAAUUGAACCAAAGUUGGUUAGAUUUGGUUGGAAUAACCAAUCGGAGGCAUUAUAAUGGUACGAUUUCUUGAAUGGGAAAUAUUUGGCAAUGCAAAUAACAAAGGAAAAAAAGGAGAAAACUCUCUAAGAAUGGGAUUAAUUUAUGCCUGAAUCAGAAAGAGUCAUAAAUCAAGGGGUUCCUUCUAUGGCUAUUAAACCAAGCUAGGUAUCUCGGGUGAGAUAGAUGAUUCCAUUAUUGCCUCAAUUUUUAUAAAACGACAUAGAGAUUAUAUUAGAAAACACUCUCGAGAAUUUGCAAGGAUUUUCGGAUAUCCAUUCAUUUAAAGUCUUAUAUUAAUCUUAAACCAAAUAACUCUACUAAGACCCAAAAGAUUAAUUGCAUAUGAGAUUCUUUUUAAAAUCAGAAAUACCUCCAGCAAGGAUUUUUGAUGUAACCAUUUUUAGAUCUAUUAUAGGAAUUGUCGAUGCACACAUUUGUAGACAAUUUGAACCCUUAAACUGUGCCAUAAUUUAUGCAGAAUUCGAUAUGGGACAUAAGUAUUUGAACAAUUAAUUUAAAUAAACUAAGCCAUAAAGUUAAAAGGACUUAGAGCAUGAAUUCUUUUCACAGGAGAGUUUUUCAAAAUAGCCAAAAUCACAUGCACCCAUUUAGAAUGACAAGAUCAGAUUGAUAUACACCUAAAAGCAUUUUUAAAUUGAUGAAAAUGCUUAUUGUAUUUUGAAAAAAUAUAUCGGGAAUGAAAUACAUCACAAUCAGAUUGAUAAGGAUAAAGCUGAAGGCUCUGAUGAAUUCAAGAUUACUAGAUCCUGUGUUCUUAUCUAGGCUAAACAAGAGGAUAGGUUUAAGGCUCAAAUUAUUGAAGACAUAUAUUUAGAUUGUGAAAACAGAGAAAAAGGAGAAGAAGUUAUGAAAAGGUUUCUACUUAAUUUCGAAAAUAUUGAUAAUCAAAUAAUAGAAGCAGAUCAUUAUAUCAAAUAGUAAACAGAACAUGUGUUAAUUAAGAAUGAAGAUGACGACAUUGAUAAUUUGUAGAUUUCGUUUAUUCAAUUAGUGCCUGAAGUAUAAAGAAUUACUUCUGAAUAGCAUCAAUAAUAAUCACUCCAAGAGUAUAAAGAAAUUUUAGAUUUGGUUUAGACAGGAUAAUUUAUUUAGAGAUCCAUCUAAAGGAAAUUUAAUCAAAACAUAUUACCUGGUUUGGAGAAGUUUUUGGAAACAACCAAAGAAGAUGGUCAUUUCUUACUGACUAAGUAUUACGAGGUAGAUCCAAAAAAAGGAGGGCUGAUAUACACAAAUAAGAAAUUGAUUAGUGAUUAAAGAAGUGUCUUACUGGAUAUUAUCAAAAGAAUGGGAUCAAAUUUGCUAAGUGGAAAAUCCUUGAUGUCUGUAUCCUUACCAAUUUAAGUGUUCGAAGCUAGAUCUUUUUUGGAGAGAAUGGCCAGAGGUCAAGGACAUGCACCUGUUUUUCUUGAAAAGGCUGCCUAAACUACAGAUGUUUUUGAAUAAUUAAAGCUCACAGUCUCAUUUCACAUCGCAAGUUUCAUGAUGGGAGUUCAAUAAGAAAAGCCAUUUAAUCCAAUUAUCGGAGAAACUUUUGAGGGUAGAAUUAAAGGAUGUCCUAUAUACCUAGAGUAAACUUCUCAUCAUCCUCCUAUUUCUAAUUAUAUCAUGUAUGGAAGAGGCUAUAAACUGUUUGGGGCAUUCUGUCCCAUUGUAAAUAUGGGAACUAACAGUUUGGCUGGUGAACAACAAGGCCAUUCACAAAUACAAUUCUAGAAUACUAAUCUUAAAUUUUAUUAUAUGGCCUAACCAUUUAUGCUCUAUGGAGUGUUGCUGGGAUAAAGAAGUGUCAAUUGUCAUAAAAGAAGUUAUUGUUUCUAACCUGACCAUUAGUUAUUAGUUGAAAUCACUUUCAAUCCCAAGGAUAAAAAUGCUGGGUUUUUCAGUUCCUCAUCGCAAAAGAUAGACUAGUUUAUUGGGAAGAUAUGUAAAGUCACUCCAGAUUGCAUUUAAAAGUGUUUAAAAGCUCACAAAACUAAUUCAGGAAUUAAAUUAAAAAUUUUACCUUAAGAAAUUUUAGAUACUUAUAAUAUAAAUAUUAAAGGUAGGUGGACUUCAUUUUUACAAUUUGACAAUGCUACAUACUGGGAUAUUGAAGUUCAUAGACCUUAUAUUCUCGAGUUGGAAUCAAGUCCAUUACCAUCUGAUUGUCUUUAUCGAUUGGACUUGUUAUAUAUGAAAAUGAAAGAUGUUUCGAAGGGUUAAGAUGUCAAAGAGGAAAUGGAAGUUGAUUAAAGAAAGGAUAAACAACUUAGAGAAAAAAUUGGAAAUAAAAAUAAAAAGAAAAAGAAAUCAAGUUGA